GAAACAGCACCACCCCUUCCCGGUGUACUACUAACUACCUCUGGCCUUGGUGUCGUUGGUUCGUAAACUUCGAUCGUGCAAGAAUUAUCGUGCAAGUAUAAGGAAAUCAAUAAGGAAAUACAUCUAUCUCUCAUCAUCGGCGACCUUGUCAUCCACGGUGGACUCGGCCAAGUCGUGAAGAAUGCUUUUUGCCGACACCUACCGGCGUUACAAGGCGGAUACUAAUGCCAUUGCACAAUGGCUUGCCUCAACAGCAAAGAAAUUCGGCUUCCCUACGGACUCUCUUCAAGGUCCCAAAGCUGCCAACCUUCCAGCACAGCAAAGUCAACGCCUGAAAGGAAAGGCUCGGAAGUUGGCCAAGGAGGCUGCGGCCAGAGCACCGCCAAGUUCGGUGCCUUCUCUCCAAAUACCUAAGUACAUUAUCGGGGUGAAGGAUUUCGUAACACUAGCGGAGUUCCUGGCCGCAAAGAAGGACAUCACGGUUCCCGUGGACGUAAUAGCGUCAAUCGAUCGGGCGAUAUUCUUGCGGAAGACUUACAGCGACCACCAUGCUCUACAGUCCCACUUAGACAAUGCCGACGACACGAAGAGCGAUCAAGGCCAUCUCUACUUUCUUGGGGUUCUUGAAAAGGUGCUGGAAGUACUCAAACCGCGGCUACCACAUGAGGCGACUCUAGACCGUGCCGCAUCAGUCGCAACUGGUGUGGAUGGCAAUCAAACCCUGUUCGAAAAUAUGUUUGCGGCUUUGAAAGUUGAAGAGCCAUCAGAAGAGUUUCUCAAUGCCCCGGCAGCGAAGCCCAGUGUCCGUGCCGAUCCGCCGAUGGAUGAAGUUUACGAAGUUGAGCCCAUCGACGAUCCGCUCGAGCUUUAUCUUGGAAUUGCGGCACUGCUCCAAGAUCUUUCGGCGAUUCGAAGCGCAAUCAAGCGAACCUGGCUUUCAUACUCCCAGGGUGCAACGACGCUGGUUCCGUCGGCGGUCACCACGAACAUUGCGAUCCAAAUGGCGCGACAACUGGAAGAGCAGUUCUUGAAGGAUCAUCCCUCCGAAAAAGACACCGCCCAUGCGAGAAGCACAUUCUUCGGAAUACAAUGCCUCCUGCAGGGGCAGGACCCGAGCAAGCGUGUGCGAUCUGGUGACCCCACCAAUCUAACCCUCUAUGAUCUUGUUGAGGUGUCUCUGAUGAGCUCUCACAUCCUCCUUUCCUCUUUUGGGGAUGUCCUGCGGAGUAACCCUCUUCCAGUGUUCAAGUCAGGAUACUUUGGAGUCUACAAUCCGUCCCAAGACCGAGAUGAGUUGCCUGGGCCGGGUAAAUUUGAUGAGGACAAGAUCAUUCUUCUUGAAAUUCUGGGUGACAUCGUUCUUUUCAAUCAUAUGCAUUGGAAAAUUGGCCUACCGGCCUGUGACGAACUCACGAAAUCUGUCGUUGCUUUCAAGGUGCAAGGCCGUCAUACGCUAGCAUUAGACUUUGCAGCACAGCUUCAUUUAGAUAUCCACCAUGUCCUUCGCGAACGAGUCAGCAUGGCUUGGGACAAUCUCCGCCAGUACUCGUCCAACAGCAGAGCGACUUUAGACCUGAACCUGUCGUUCCAUGAUAAGCUUAGGGUAGAGACAUGGCCGAGAGAAAAUGACAUGGUCAUGAGAGGAAUCAUCGAAAAAGUUGGGCGUUGGGUUGACAGUGACAUGUUCGAAGAGAGGAAGGUGAAAUUGAUGGUCGACUCUGGUGUGACUCCUGAACCAAGCAUACCGCACCGUUUCUACCGCAGUCAUCCAUGGCUCUGCGGCUCGCUACUCUUCGGCUUGAAACUCAAUAUGCAAGAAGUCGGUAUCACAUUUGCCAACGCCUGGGGCUCCAUCAAAACAUCCGCACAAAUCUACAAUGCAGCACGAAAAGAGAACCUCUUGAACAAGAAUUGGGAUGACAUGGAGCUUACCGUGAUGCUGCACAGCGAACCUCAAAUUUUCGUGGGCGCCGCGCCGAGGAAUGUUGAAGAGUACUUCAAACGAUUCUGUCUCUCCAUGGGAUAUUCGGCACAGAACUUUGCAAAAGGCGGCAGAAGGCAGAAAUCCGCUGGCAUUGCGUCCAAAACCGGUCCGCGUGGAAGUCUCGAAGCGAAGUUGAUGACUCCCGUCGCCCAUGAGCUGCGGUUUGGCUACACAGAUAUGUACGAGCCGUCCGGGAAGAACGCUUCGAGUCUGGAGACUGUCCUGGAAAAAUGCAUUGAUCAUGUGGAAGCCGAUGACGACGAGAGUGAUGGCGUCCCUAGCAGAGACGCUCUACACCGCGCAUUGAACGAGCGAUCUCAGGAGAAGAAGUUACAUACGUCCCCCGAGGCACUGCUCCUGAUCUCCGAUGCCCUUUUGGCAGAGGAACUCGCGCUAACCUUUGAUCACUUUCGCAUGCACCGUACCGCAUGGCGGGUGCUCCGCGCGAUCAAUGAAAGACUUGCAGACGAGCUCAGACAAUUGUAUGGCCCAGGGUAUCUCGAGAAAGAGAACCAGCUUCCGUUUGUUGUCGGCUACAUCUUUAUGACCGCAAUCCAAACGAAGCAGAUGGGAGGUCUUCUGUUGCCGAAGAAAAAAGACGUUGUCAGCUCCAACGCGCUGAGGCAGGCAGCUGAUGUGCUAGAGGGUAUGAUCGACAGUGCACCAAUGGGGGAUUUGGAGAUAAAGAUUCUUCGGGAGCAAUAUGGUAUGGAGAUCGAAGUGGAGGGGUAA